AUGGGCAAAAACUCAAAGCAGUCUAAAUGGGCCGAUCGUAUCGACGAUGAUGAUCAUACCCACCAUACGGUACCACGGGUCCCUGUUCAAGACCCGGUCCAAACUAGAGCUAUUCACUGCUCUGAGUUUUUCAAUGGGCUCAACAGAGAACACUUGACAGGGGAACUUUCUCAACAUUCCAAGUAUGCUCGUGAAUCGCUCUACGUACAUCUUCUUAGCUUUGACACGAACCGGUUCCCUCCACCGACCCAUGCCACCUCUAUUUCAACAGAGUUCAAGACAUUAGCAGACACCAUGCUCAGAUUUGCUCAUACAAUGGGCACCGGCCAAGAGUGGCUUUCCUUGAUGGCUUUCCAAGGCGCUUUCAGGGUUCGGUACAACGCAACUGCCUGUGCCAUGAGGACCGACUGUAUUCCACUCGACAUUUCGAUCAUGAUAACACGCCUCUAUGCUCUUGCCACCCAUUCUGAAAACCAAAGAAAGGAUGAUUUCUUGGGUCUUGACUACCUCUUUCAUCUCGCUGCUCAAAUGGAGGUCGCUUUUGACGUCAGAAGCUCGGAUUGUGAACAGUACUGGACCCUAAAGUUCAUUGAACUUGCGCGCAGGGCGGCCAAGGGAGCUGCCGCUUACGAGGCCAAUGUCACGGUUAAAUUGUAUUUGUACUUUUUGGUUUCAAAGAUGCCCCAAGUUCUUGGGCGGCACUAA